CUUAACCUAGUCUUAACAGAGAAUGAAAGAAACUUUAACACAACUGUCAAAUGUCACAUGGCGAAAAAAAUUUCAUAACGUAUCGUAGUGGAAUCUACCUCUUAAUUCGAGUUAGAUUUUAUUCUUAAUAAGGCAUUGAAAUAAAAUAGUUUAGGAAUAACCUAAACAAUCAUAGAGGCAGUAAUUAUGACAUCUGAAAAGAAUUUCGACGUCGCAUCGCCUGAGGAUAAAGAACUGGAAAAAUUGGUGAAUGGCAGAAUUAACGGCCUCCUGCCCAUUUCACAGACACUGAGUCUUGACUCGAUGCUGGAAAAUCACAACGACCUGGAAGAUAUAUUCAAAUCCCAAGAAUUUACCAAAGUCGUAGACUUCUCAAUGAAAGAUAACAACCUAACUAGCCUACCAAAAAAUUUUACCUCCAACUUAUCUAGUGUUACUAGAAUCGACGUAUCAAAUAACAAUCUGCAGGACCUUGAGAUCUGCUUCGAGAGCCUGAAAAACCUCCAAGAAUUAAUAGUCGAUAAAAAUCGACUUGAAGAACUGCCGAACGACUUAGGAGAGCUAGUUAAUUUAAAGGUUCUCAGCGCUGCGGGGAAUAAGUUGACAAUUAUUCCUGAGAGUUUUGGAAAUAUAAAAAAUCUAGAGAAACUCGAACUGAGUCACAACAAGAUAAAAAGCUUUUCCGUUACCUGCGUUAAUUUGGAUAAUCUCAAAGUGCUGAAUUUGUCUUUUAACGAAUUGAGAACGGUCCCCAAAUGCGUGGUCGAAGGAUCGUCAAGGCUGGAGGUUCUGGACUUGUCACAUAAUAAUAUAACGGAAAUCACUAGGCCACCUUGUAGUAGGAAUUUACGAAAAUUCUAUUUCAAAAACAAUCCGAGAAAUGAACAAUUCCCGGACUGGAUACUCGCCGAACGAUUCUCAAACCUCCAGGAAGUCGUACUGGAUGAAACCCGCUUUUCAUCUUUUGAUCUACCAACCAAAUCUUUUGGUCAGACAUUUUCGCACCUCAAAAAAUUGUCCAUGUCCAAAUGCAGGCUCUCUGACACGUCGUUUGACCAAUUGUCUCAGUCGCUACCAGAUCUGGAGUAUUUGAACGUCGGAAAUGAUGUAACGAACGUGGAUGGCAAUGUUUUCUGGGUAAUGCCGGCAGCGAAUUUAAAAAGUCCUGCAAACAUUGUGGAAAUUAAUAUCCAGGCUGCCGGUCUGCCCGCAUUGCCGUGCGAAAUAAAUAUGCUGAGAAAUUUGACCCGGCUCAAUGUGAGCAAAAACAACAUUUCGUCUCUGCCUGAAGAAUUUUGCGAACUGGAGAAAUUAGAGAUUUUCAAUGCGGCGCACAACAACUUGUAUGCCUUGCCGCAGCGACUCGGUAACCUUACCGCACUUAGGGUACUUUUUCUCGAAACGAACAAGCUCACCAGUUUGCCUGAUUCAAUUCAAUCACUAUCGAAACUGGAGUGCCUUGAUCUAUACAAUAAUGAGUUCCACGAGUUGCCAAAGCAGCUGGAAAAAAUUCCCAACCUGCAGGCUCUCGAUAUUGAGGGGAACAUUUUUAAGACUGAUAAUUUACAGAUAUCAAAUAUCGAGUACCUGAAGGCAAGAAAUAUCUUGAGAUCAAUGAGCAGCUUUCUGCUCGUUCGCACAGAUGAAUCAAAGAUUGCCUAUAGCUCUGACGACGGAUCGAUUUCCUCGCUCGAGUACUGGGACCAGCUAAGCCUGGGGGACAAAUCAAUGAUAGAUACAAAUCUCAGCGACGUUGGCAGUGUUGAAAACUGGGAUAUAUCUGAGGAUUCGGCUGAUGAUUAUGACCCAACAGCACAACCGAGGACUCACAACUCGCACUCGCCGUUCACCGUGUCGUCUGUACUUUAUGACGGAAAUUUUUGCCCAGCGGAUUUACACCGUGCUAGAAUAAGAGAUCAGCUGGCAGCGAUGCAAGGAAACACCGGUAGGCAAACACCGAGUAUAGAAGAAGGACAGUUUGACGACGCCUGACAAUGAAUUUAAAAAAACAAUAAAAAAUAAGCGUGUUGGUCAGUUCAUUUGAACAUAUGCUUAUUUUACGAACUUGGAAUUCUUCCAACAUUCGGAUUAGUUCAAAUAAAUUUAAUGUUCCUUCAUUUACGGCCAAUAUGCGAUAGUGUCCGUCUUGCCGUCAUAAAAAAAAAUACCAACUGCUGUGAUUCAUUAAUAAUCGUACAAACUUAUGAUACCUCAAAGUGUUUGGCUGCCAUAUUGAAACCGUUAAACAAAAUUAAAAAAAAAAAUCGUAAUGAGAGAAAUUCAAAUUUCGUAAACUUCAGAACUUCUUGACAUGGGAUUUUUGAUCUUAUAUUUGAUAAUAACUUUAAUCAAUUAACAAAAAUAUUCACAAUUAAUCAUUGUCGAAAAUGGUUGGGAUGUCACAAAUCAAAGGACGCCAUCUGUUGCCAUUAUUUACUCUUUAUUGAAUGUAAAAAAUUGUGGGCUCUAUUAGCUACACAAAGUUCCCUGUGUCUUUAUAUUGGAGUGAUGUACGUAAAACGAUUAGCUGAUUGCUCUCUUGCCUACGUCAAAAUUGCUUAUCCCUGUUGGAUUUCAAUAUGGAAUCGCCAAAAUUGCGUGUAUUCACUUUUUAACGUCAGUAUUAUUUCCACCAAGUUCUAUCAAACAUUUGUAACCAUAUUUUAGAGUAACACUGCUACACAGAUAUAAAUAAAUGCCGUACUCGCCGCAUGAUAUAUUAAAAGUACUCUACAAGUUUAGUUAGUAUUUUUUUUUUUUUUUUUUAAUACAAUUAUACUAGCAAUUCAACAAUUGCCUAGCGAAUACAUAUUAAUGUUGAAUUAACUCAUGUUUAAUUAAUCAAUGAAAUCGAGAUAAAUUAAGAUACUAUUUUUGAGUUUGUAAAAAUUACUAUUUCGUAAAGUUGUAAAUCUAUCACAAGGCAAGUCUGCAAAAAUUUGUAUUCAUAAAAUAUUUUCUUCCUCGUACCGUACGUCUGACUGCCAAAUAGAUAUUGUAAGUAACUAGGUAGCGAGAAAAUGGGACUGAUUUGUUUAGACUCGAAUUAAUUUGUAUGUUAUAUGACGUUGCAGAAACGUCGAAGUUGCAUCAAUUAUCAACUUCAAAUAUAGACAAAGUAUAUAGUUAUGAUGUGUAUGUCUACUGAUACCUUUUCUAUUAAAAGUGUGCUUUUUUUUUGUUAUACAAAUGACACAUCUUUUAUUAAAUCAUGAAAACUCCGUGAAAAACUACCGUUCCAUCACUAAACGAAAAUCCAUGGUAAUUAUGUCGUCAUAAAGUUAACAUCAAACUGGUGGUAAAAAUGACAGGAUCAGAAUUACGUCCUUGCAAUUUGUACAUUCAAACAUUCAUGGUACAUCCUUGAUAAAAUAUCCUCAUUUCCCUUGUCAGCUUACGCAACUUAACGCCAAAUAUAUAUAUUUAUAUAGCUGACAAUCCACCACCUGUGAGAAAGCUACAGAUACUAAUAAA